CUUGCUUCUUCUUGCUUCUUCUUUUUCACCUUUUUUCCUGACUAUUGUUGCUGUAGUUAAGAUUUUGAGGCGGAGAUGGCGUGCUUACAUGACCAUAGUUGUGAAGAUCAUGAUUGUUCAACUGAUUGGUCUCUUUACAAGCACAUAGACCUCUCUAAGGUAACCGCUUUGAAUGAGGCUGUUCAAGGAAGUGUUAAGUCAGUUUUUAAAGCGUGGGAGCAGCGCCUUAGUUCUUCUGGGGAGCACUUGGAAAGCAAUGAGGGUGAUCCGGAGUUACUUGUUUUCAUUCCAUUUACUUCAGAUGUCAAGAUCAAGAGCAUAUCAAUUGUUGGUGGUACUGAUGGAACAAGUCCUUCCAAGAUGAGAGUGUUUGUCAACCGAGAUGGCAUUGACUUUUCGGAUGCUCAAAGUAUGCUAGCCAUUCAGGAGUGGGAUUUGGUUGAAAAUUUGCAAGGAGUGUUAGAAUACCAGACAAGAUAUUCUAAAUUUCAAAGUGUGGCAAGUAUCACAUUGCAUUUUCCUGAGAAUUUUGGUGGUGACACAACUCAGAUACACUAUAUUGGUUUAAAAGGUGAAGCUACCCAGUUGAAGAGGGAUGUUGUUGCAACAAUUGUUUAUGAGCUUACGCCAAAUCCUUCCGAUCACAAAGCACGGGCUGAAGGUGGUGGCGGUCUUUCGCAAGUGGAAUGAGCUGCUACCUCUUACAUGAUGCUUCUGAGAGUGGAUUCUUCUUCUGUACAUCUGUUCUUGAACUGUUGUUGCAACUAUUUUGCUUUGUUUUUUUUUUUUUUUUUUUUCUUUUCCUUUCUUUUUUGGUGGCACCUCUUACUACAUGCAAGAUAGCAUCUGCUAUUCACCAGGGAAAAAAGAAGGAUAACAUCUGCAUUAUGGGUCACAAAUUUCAAAUUUCAUACAAAGCUAAUUUCAACCUGUGUCCAAAUUUACUAAAUUCUUAUGCUGUUGGCAAGAUAUUGAUUCUUUCUUUUUGUUUUUUCU